AUGGCCGCUCCCUGAGAGCAGAGCCCGGCCGCCGCCACCUCUGCAGCCCGCGGCUCCCUGGGCCGUUGCCGCCGGACGCGCGCGCGGCCCCCGCGGAGAGAAUCUAAUGAUUUCCGUAUCAACUUGAAGUAAGCCUAAUGACCCCGUUUUGUGAUUGAGCAAACUGAAGCACUGAGAGCCCUUCAUGGAGCUUACACUCUCGGCAAAACCUGAGCAGUGAGGCCAGAUAGUCCCAGGUCAUGAUUGAGUCCGGGGACUGCGUGGCUGGCUGUCCCCUAGUAUGGCCAAUGAAGAGGAUGACCCAGUUGUACAGGAGAUCGACGUGUACUUGGCCAAAAGCCUGGCAGAGAAGCUCUAUUUGUUCCAGUAUCCUGUACGUCCGGCCUCGAUGACCUACGAUGACAUUCCGCACCUCUCGGCCAAGAUCAAGCCCAAGCAGCAGAAGGUAGAGCUUGAGAUGGCCAUCGACACCCUGAAUCCCAACUAUUGCCGCAGCAAGGGGGAGCAGAUCGCACUGAAUGUGGACGGCGCUUGUGCUGAUGAGACCAGCACAUACUCCUCGAAGCUGAUGGACAAGCAGACGUUCUGCUCUUCCCAGACCACCACUAACACGUCUCGUUACGCGGCUGCGCUCUAUAGGCAAGGUGAGCUCCACCUGACACCUUUACAUGGCAUCCUGCAGCUGCGGCCCAGCUUCUCCUACCUGGAUAAGGCAGAUGCUAAGCACCGGGAGAGGGAAGCGGCCAAUGAGGCAGGGGACUCUUCACAGGACGAGGCAGAAGAGGAUGUCAAGCAGAUCACGGUGCGGUUCUCCCGGCCGGAGUCAGAGCAGGCCCGCCAGCGCCGAGUGCAGUCCUAUGAGUUCCUGCAGAAGAAGCACGCGGAGGAACCCUGGGUGCACCUGCACUACUAUGGCCUGAGGGACAGCCGCUCUGAGCACGAGCGCCAGUACCUGCUGUGUCAGGGCUCCAGCGGGGUGGAGAACACGGAGCUCAUCAAGUCGCCCAGCGAGUACCUCAUGAUGCUGAUGCCACCCAGCCAGGAGGAAGAGAAAGAGAAGCCCGUGGCCCCCAGCAAUGUCCUGUCCAUGGCCCAGCUGCGCACCCUGCCCCUGGCCGACCAGAUCAAGAUCCUGAUGAAGAAUGUGAAGGUCAUGCCUUUUGCCAACUUGAUGAGCCUCCUGGGCCCCUCUGUCGACUCUGUAGCUGUUCUGCGUGGCAUCCAGAAGGUGGCGAUGUUAGUCCAAGGAAACUGGGUGGUGAAGAGUGACAUCCUGUACCCCAAGGACUCGUCCAGCCCUCACAGUGGUGUGCCUGCGGAGGUGCUCUGCAGGGGACGAGACUUUGUUAUGUGGAAGUUCACACAGAGCCGGUGGGUGGUGAGGAAAGAGGUGGCAGCGGUGACCAAACUGUGCGCUGAGGACGUGAAGGACUUCCUGGAGCACAUGGCGGUGGUGAGGAUCAACAAAGGCUGGGAGUUCCUCCUGCCCUACGACGGGGAGUUCAUCAGGAAGCACCCGGACGUGGUCCAGCGGCAGCACAUGCUGUGGACCAGCAUCCAGGCCAAGUUAGAGAAAGUCUAUAAUCUUGUGAAGGAAAUGAUGCCAAAGAAGCUGGAUGGACAAUCAGGGCCUACUGGGCUUGUCUCUGGGGACCAGCGGGUCCAAGUAGCCAAAACCAAGGCCCAGCAGAACCACGCCUUCCUGGAACGGGAGCUGCAGCGGCGGAAGGAACAGAUCCGGGCCUCUGCAGUCCUGCCCGGUGUGCGGAUCAAGGAGGAGCCCAUGAGUGAGGAGGAAGAAGACGAGCAAGAAGGGGAGGAAGAGGAGGAGCCCAUGGACACUUCACCCAGUGGCGGCCUCAACAACAGGCUGGCCAACGGGCUGCCUGCGGGGCGGGCAGUGGGUGGGGACAGCUUCAAUGGGCACCCGCCCCCAGGCUGUGCCAACACCCCCGUGGCCCGGGAACUGAGGGCCUUCGUGGAGGCCACCUUUCAGAGACAAUUUGUGCUCACGCUGAGCGAACUCAAGCGCCUCUUCAACCUGCACUUGGCCAGCCUGCCCCCAGGUCACACGCUCUUCAGCGGCAUCUCGGACCGCAUGCUACAGGAUACGGUGCUGGCCGCCGGCUGCAAGCAGAUACUGGUGCCUUUCCCUCCACAGACUGCUGCGUCCCCCGAUGAGCAGAAGGUGUUUGCGCUCUGGGAGUCUGGAGACAUGAGUGACCAGCAUCGACAGGUUUUGCUUGAAAUCUUUUCUAAAAAUUACCGGGUACGCCGGAACAUGAUCCAGUCUCGGUUGACCCAGGAGUGUGGAGAAGAUCUCAGUAAACAGGAGGUGGAUAAAGUGCUAAAGGACUGCUGUGUGAGCCAUGGUGGCAUGUGGUACCUUAAAGGGACGGUACAGUCUUGACGAUAGUAGCAAACCACAAGCCCCAUGAAUCCAAGCCCAAGGAAGGACAGCGGAGCCCGAGGUGGAGUCUCGACUUGCUUCAGGGGCCAUGGAGCAAGAGGAACUACCAGUCUCCCGUACGGCCUGGGCCGCCACAGCCCAGUGGACAGAGGGGCUCACACUCAGCCCGCGAAAGGUCAGCUUCAGUGAGAUCGACCACUCUCUGCAGAGACCAGCUGGACCUUCUUUGCAGUAAAAUUUGAAAUUCCUGAUGUAUUUUGCUUAUUAUUUGGUUUCAUUCUCAUAAUAAAGAGAGUGUAUACUGACAUGGGCAAGAGGAUAAAAAUCAUGGUUUAAUAUUUUCCUUUUUAAACUUAAUACCAACAAGGUCUAAGUUAUGUUUACAAGAUGAAGAAAACCUCAAGGUUUUUAAUAUUUAAAAAGCCUAGAAGCCAGUAUUUAGUCUUAGAUCAUCUAUCUGCUAAGACUUCUGCCAAGUUCAUUAAACAAACCAAACUGAAUUGUUUCACUGUUGGGUUUCUGUGGCCACUUUACCUUUUACAGCAAUCUACUUUAUGUAGCAGUCUCAACUGUUUACAUGAACCAUAGCAAAAAAUUAGAAUCAGACUCAUUUUUGCGUAACAAUGCAGACAAAACCAGGUAAGUAUGGAAGUGUAUAAAUGAGGCUGUCACACUUUGAUGUAAAAAAAUCUAUAUUUUGUGUAUUUCUAAAAUAAAUGCUGACAGUAAACUGGCAUCAUGGUCCUGCUCUCUU